UCUCCUCGCGCAGCCGUCGUCAACACAACCGAGGAAGUAGCAAGAAUCUCACCCGAAGCUAACGACUACGACGUGUCGGGGACAAUUAGACGUCCCGUUACCGGGCGUCUUGCGUUACCACCGGUUACAUUAUCCCGUAUUGAGCAAGUAACCGACUCCCGUUGCUCUGUUUUUAGUUUCGGUUGAGUGAGAGGGGACAAUGUUUAUGAGCAGCAGCCGUUGGUUGCUAAGGUCUAAGCUAGCAGGCUAACGAUCAGCUGUUGUUUUGGUGGAGGAGUUAGCUGGCUAAAAAGCCACAACUGCAUUGGAUUAUUGCAGUCGGUGACACUGAGAGUUUUAAGAAGAGAUUUCCUCGAUGCGUACGCUGAACGUGUCCGUUUGUUAAUAUGUAAAGGUUCAACCACCCUUGAAAGGCUGCUACCAACUCGUCUUUAUUCAAUCAGCAAUAUUCCUUCAAGAUGCACGACGCGUAUGAGUCGGUUCCUAUUCUGGAAAAGCUUCCUCUUCAGAUCGACUGUCUUGCGGCUUGGGAGGACUGGCUGCUUGUUGGAACGAAGCCUGGACAUCUCCUUCUCUACCGAAUCAAGAAAGAUGCUGGCACCAACCGCUUUGAGGUGACGCUGGAAAAAUCCAACAAGAACUUCUCAAAGAAGAUUCAGCAGCUGUACGUUGUCUCACAGUACAAAAUUCUCGUCAGUCUGCUCGAGAACAACAUUCAUGUCCACGACCUCCUGACCUUCCAGCAGAUCACCGUGGUGUCCAAAGCCAAAGGGGCCACCCUCUUUGCAUGUGACCUGCAGCAAACCAGCGCUGGAGAUGAAAAGCUCAGAAUGUGUGUUGCCGUUAAAAAGAAACUCCAGAUGUAUUACUGGAAGGACAGGGAGUUUCAUGAGCUGCAGGGGGAUUUCGGAGCACCAGAUAUUCCAAAGUCCAUGGCCUGGUGUGAAAACUCCAUAUGUGUUGGUUUUAAACGGGACUAUUACCUCAUCCGGAUGGACGGCCGUGGCUCUAUUAAGGAGCUCUUCCCCACUGGGAAGCAGUUAGAGCCUCUUGUUGCGCCUCUGGCUGACGGCAAAGUGGCUGUUGGGCAGGACGACCUCACUGUGGUACUUAACGAAGAGGGCGUUUGCACCCAGAAGUGCGCCCUGAACUGGACAGAUAUCCCUAUAGCCAUGGAGCACCAGCCUCCCUACAUCAUCGCGGUUCUGCCCCGGUACGUGGAGAUCCGGACCUUCGAGCCGCGGCUGCUGGUGCAGAGCGUGGAGCUGCAGAGGCCGCGCUUCAUCACCUCGGCAGGGCCGAAUAUCGUGUACGUUGCCAGCAACCACUUUGUUUGGCGCCUGGUGCCCGUGUCCAUAGCCAGCCAGAUCCGGCAGCUUCUCCAGGACAAGCAGUUUGAACUGGCUCUUCAGCUGGCGAAGAUGAAGGAUGAUUCAGAUGGUGAUAAGAAGCAGCAGAUACAUCACAUCCAGAAUCUGUACGCCUUCAAUUUGUUUUGCCAGAAGAGAUUUGACGACUCCAUGCAGGUGUUCGCCAAACUCGGCACAGAUCCCACACACGUGAUUGGACUCUACCCGGACCUGCUUCCAUCAGACUACCGCAAACAGCUGCACUACCCCAACCCUCUGCCUACUCUGUCCGGGGCCGAGCUGGAAAAGGCUCAUCUCGCUCUGAUCGAUUACCUCACCCAGAAACGCAGCCACCUUGUGAAGCAGCUGAACGACACUAGUCCGUCUACAACGUCUCCUCUCAUGGAGGGAACGCCCACCAUCAAAAGCCGCAAGAAACUCCUGCAGAUCAUCGACACCACGCUGCUGAAAUGUUACCUGCAUACCAACGUGGCCCUCGUGUCCCCCCUCCUCCGUCUGGAGAACAACCACUGCCACAUCGAGGAGAGCGAGUACGUCCUGAAGAAGGCCCACAAGUACAGCGAGCUCAUCAUUCUCUACGAAAAGAAGGGCCUGCACCAGAAAGCUCUGCAGGUGCUGCUGGACCAGUCCACCAAGGCCAACUCUCCACUGAAGGGCCACGAGCGAACGGUGCAGUACCUUCAAAGGCUCGGAGUGGAGAAUCUGGGCAUCAUCUUUGAGUUUUCUCCCUGGGUGCUGAAGAUCUGUCCUGAGGAUGGCCUGAAGAUCUUCACUGAAGACCUGACAGAGGUGGAAACUCUGCCCAGGGACAAGGUGCUGCAGUUCCUGAAGGAGGGCUUCGAGGAGCUCGCCAUCCCGUAUCUGGAGCACAUCAUUUACGUCUGGGACGAGAAGGGCCCCGAGUUUCACAAUAACCUGAUCCAGCUCUACCUGGGGAGAGUCCAAGGCCUCAUGAAAGAGUACCUCAACUCACUGUCAGAAGGGGUUCAGGCUGUUGCUGCGGGGAAGGAGGGCGGCGAACUGGGGGAGUUCAGGAACAAGCUGCUGUCCUUCCUGGAUAUUUCUACCAGCUACGAGCCGAGCAGACUCAUCAGUGACUUUCCCUUCGAUGGUUUGCUGGAGGAGCGGGCGCUGCUCCUGGGCCGCAUGGGUAAACACGAGCAGGCGCUCUUCAUCUACGUGCACAUCCUGAAAGACACCCGCAUGGCUGAAGAAUACUGUCACCGACAUUACAACAGUUCAGUUGAAGGAAAUAAAGACGUUUAUCUGUCCCUGCUGCGGAUGUACCUGUCCCCCCCUGACGUCCACUGCCUGGGGCCCAUCAAGAUGGAGCUGUCCGAGCCUCAGGCCAACCUCCAGGCGGCCCUGCAGGUCCUGGAGCUGCACCACAGCAAACUCAACACCACCAAGGCCAUCAAUCUUCUCCCGGCAAACACUCAGAUCAGAGAGAUCCGGGUUUUCCUGGAGAGCGUCCUGGAGGAGAAGGCUCAGAGGAAACGCUGCAACCAGGUGCUGAAGAGUCUGCUGCAGGCCGAGUUCCUCCGGGUGCAGGAGGAACGCAUCUUCCACCAACAGGUUAAAUGUGUCAUCACGGAAGAAAAGACCUGCAGAGUCUGCAAGAAGAAAAUAGGAAACAGUGCGUUCGCCAGGUACCCCAACGGCGUGGUCGUGCACUACUUCUGCUGCAAAGACCGCACCGUGUGUCCCACGGAGCAGUGACACCGAGGCGAGGGCGUGAACCUCCCUGUGGACGCUGCAGCUGCUCGGACACUUUUGAACUGGACUGCGGGGGGGGGGGCUGGUGGAGCUCAGAGUCGGGGACCUGGACCCUUCGCCGUCGAACUCCCGGAGCCGAAACGGACCCGGGAGCUCCUCCCGAAAGCGAGGGCCGCCGCUUUUCUUUCUCUGUGCAUGAAGUAACCGGAGGAAUGUCUGAGCGCUGAGGAGAAAGAAGGACCCUGACAUUUGAAAAAAGCAUGUGUCUCUGUAACGCUAGACGGGACUCGCUGCCCCCGCGGUAACACAUGGGAGAAAAUGUGCUCCUCUGACAGCUGUAACAACAGAGACUCGCACUCACCAGGAGCAGAUUACAAGCUCAUCAUGUUGUUUUUGUUAUGUGUUCGCGGCCUCCUCCUCCUCCUCAUCCUCCUCCUGCUCCUCCUGUAACACUGUGUCGGCCUCACACUGCUUGAAACGCCGUAGAGACUCUGCAGGAGUUACUGUUAAAUGCCUUCUGUGACUCUGAAGAUUGUACUUACAGCGACGUGUCGAUGCCGACCGAGCGCGAACAGCUUCUGUAUUACAGCAUGUUUGUGUGUUUUAUUUAAACCUCUGAUGCAACUCGUCUGGCUAACGUUCACAGCUACGGCCUUUUUUUUUUUUUCCUCGUUUAACGGCUGCGUCCACUCUUUAACGCAUUUACUCUGGAGGUUGUCUCAUUUUUAAAGUGACACCGGGUAACUUUUGAGCUACAGAAUAACCCAGAAACCACCUCACGCUAAGGUGACUUUAAAACUAGUCUGUGUUCUUCAUUCAAAGGGAAAACGUAGUUAGCCGCGUUUUUGUUUAUUCUAGUUUCCUGUGGUUCAGCCGAUCAGACUGACCGACUUGUUCCACGGCUGGUGACAGGAUUCAGACUAGAGCCAGAGGACACGCCAGAAAAACUCACCCACGCCCCAGACAGUGGCUUAGUGUGUCACUUCAUGAUGUCACUGCAUAGCUGAGAAGAUGCAACAUUCACCAUUUAGGUUUUGGAUAGUUAAGACAAAGAAUUUCUGAUUAAUCAAUUAAAAUAAACAGCAGAUUUAUUCAUUGAUUGAUCCCCAUAAGUGUAGAUGAGUCAGAUUUAGUCUCAGAUGAACUAAUAAGGAGCCAAAGCAAGAAUCACUAAUGGAUUCAGCUUUUUUAUCUUGUGGUUUCUACAAGUUCACCCGGUCUCUCUUUAAGACACGUUACAGCACUUUAAAGGCGGAUUUGUUGUCCAAACUAUUUAUUGUCAAAUCGCACAUGUAACAAGAACUGGAAGCAGUGACUUUUGACGAGGUGUGGUGAUCGAUCAUUUUUAACGGCAAUAUUGUUACAAAAAAAAAAAAAACGUGGCUGUUUCUGGAGGAGACUCGAGAAGAUGCUGGACUCCGCGGUGUUAACGUGUGUUUGAUGAAUGUACGUUUAUAAUACGAAUAAUUAGGAGAACUCACUCCCUUCUUCCUCCGCUCUCCAAGGUUUGCACACAAUUCUUUGCCAAGACUGUUUAAGACCUCUUGUUUUUUUUAGCAUUUGUACCGUUGUGCGUUUGCUGUAUAAAGCGCGUUGAUGGUGGAAUUUCUCACUGUUUACUUGUGACGGGCGACGCAGCAGGUAGCAUCUGUUUGUUUGGCUUUAAUCCGUAAUAAACGAGCAUUUCCACUCAUGUUUGAGUCGGCGUGAGAGCCGCUCUGUCUGGA